AUGCUUCUUGACCUUCUUGGGUUUUGUCAUUGUGUCACCAAAGUGCUGACCACCGCUCACAUUGUCACCAAGCAAGAUGUCGACGACUCCGCGGUCUUCUACAACCAACAUAAGGAUGAGGUCUCCCCACUCGAUGAUGCCGGCAUCAAGCGUCUGAACAGGAAGAACUUCUGGUUCUUACUUAUGCAGACAUGGUGGAUCGCCUUCUUGAUACAUCUCGACAAGUCUACGCUCUCGCAAGCCAGCACAAUGGGACUCUUCAAAGACGUGAAGAUCUCGAAGAACGAGUACAACGACUUGUUCGUGCUCUUCUACGUCGGCUACUUGGUCGCGCUAUGGCCUGGCGCUGCUCUCGCUCAGCGCGUGGGUCACAAGUACUUCAUCACCGGGUCGCUUUUCCUAUGGUCGCUGCUGCUUGCCAUGCAUCCUCUCGCAAAGACUGGAGCGCACAUGAUGGCAUUGCGUUUCCUCUUGGGCAUGACCGAAUCACAAAUCGUGCCCUCGACGACCGUUCUGCACCAAGCCUUCUUCCCGCCCAAGAAGAGCCCGUGGGUCCAGCUGCUGUGGUGGGCGUCUGGCAGCUUUGCCAACGUCCUUCUCACUAUGGUCGCCUACAAGCUUAUCAAAGACGACAAUGCUGGCACUCUGGUUGGCGGUCUUUCCUCUUGGAAGUGGUUGCACAUCAUCUGCGUCAUCCUCACGUUCUUGGUCUGCUGCGUACUCGUCGUUUUCCUCCCAAAUUCACCGGUCGACGCCAAAUGGCUAUCACUCGAAGAGAAGGUACAUACCAUCAACUUGAUUCGAGAGACACACGCUGGUAUCUCGAACUCGACCUUCAAGUGGAGCCAAGUGAGGGAGGCAUUCACAGAUCCUAAGAGCUGGCUGUUCAUCACUCACAUGUUCUUCAACGAGCUCCCAAACAACACUUCCCAGCAAUUGCCUUUGAUUGUUGUCGGGUUCGGGUUCACGCCCGCUCAAUCCGCACUGUUCAACAUCGCAAAACCACUCUGGGGCUCUUUCCUGAUUGUCGUCUCGGCUGCAAUGCUUUUUGCUACAGAUCUGGGCGUCGGGUACACUUGUGCCAUCUCCUAUAUCCCAUGCUUCGUUGGCGGUCUCAUUAUGGUUACAGCUCCAUGGUCGAACAAGAUCGCGCUCAUCGUUGGCACGCAGAUCUCCACCUUCAAACCAUCAUAUCUUCUGGGCUUGUCGUGGGCUGGCACGACUACUAUCGGCUACACUAAGAAGCUCUACGUCAUGUCGACAUGCGUUGUAGCCGCGGCCGUUGCUAACAUGAUCUCACCUGAGUUCUGGAAAGAAAAGUACAAGCCACGAUACAUGCUCCCCUGGGGUUUCAUGACGGCCUUCUGGUUCAUCUCACCAGCACUGUGCCUCAUCAUUCGCUUCUACCUCAACAGCGAGAACAACAAGCGAGCGGCUAUCCUGCAACAGAAGGCUGGUGACAGCGAAGACGAGGCUCUGGAUACGGGUGACGGUCUGAUCUCCAUCGACGAAGAGGAUCUCGACCAGACCGAUCGCGAGAAUCUGAAGUUCGUCUACCCCUUGUAG